AGCCGAUUCGCCGUGUCUGUUGUAGAUGGCGGAGCCGGACAUCGGGUGCUGCUGUUAGCCGUCUCUCGUUUCAUCUCCGGUAACAGAUUAAUGCAUUAUCCGCCGGUCGGAGCGUCUAAAUUCAAGGACAGAGAUAGCGCGUGACUGUCCCGCGUGACCUCGUGAAGCCACUGAAUGCGCGCGCGCUGCUCCGACUUUGUUUUGGCGGCUGGCCGGUUAGCAUCUUUGUUGGGGGCUGGGGCCUGCGCCGCCGCUCGUCCAUUUUAACAAAAGCCGCAGUUCUCCACUGGACUCUCCCGGGAUUAUUUUUUGGACCAGGCGAAGGAAGAACAUGGGUGGGAAACAGGCUACACUUCUGUUUAGCAAGUGAGUCGUUUCCGAAGCGGAGGAAGUUUUCUGUGACCGGAACCAAAGACGUUUCCGCGGGCCGCAUCACAACACUUUUAAAGACCACAAAGGGGAUGUCUAACGGCGCUGCGGGGAGCGGGGAUCUGUCCUGGAUGGAGGCUGCCAACGGCAGAGGAGAUGUGGGAAAGAUGGAAGGGACCAAGAAGGAGAAGGCAGGCUCUAAGCUGUCAGUGGAGCGAGUGUACCAGAAGAAGACUCCUCUCGAGCACAUCCUGCUUCGUCCUGACACCUACGUGGGCUCAGUGGAACCUGUCACUCAGCCAAUGUGGGUCUUUGAUGAAGACGUGGGGAUGAAUCAGAGGGAGAUUACUUAUGUUCCUGGACUCUACAAGAUCUUUGAUGAAAUUCUUGUUAAUGCAGCAGACAACAAACAAAGGGACAAGAACAUGUCAGCCAUCAAGAUCACCAUCGACCCUGAGUCCAACACCAUCACCAUCUGGAACAACGGGAAGGGCAUUCCGGUGGUGGAGCACAAAGACGAGAAGAUGUACGUUCCAGCGCUCAUCUUCGGACAUCUGCUCACCUCCAGCAACUAUGAUGACGACGAGAAGAAGGUCACAGGUGGAAGGAACGGCUACGGCGCCAAACUCUGCAACAUCUUCAGCACCAAGUUCACCGUUGAAACAGCCUGCAAAGAGUACAGACGCAGUUUUAAGCAGACGUGGCAGAACAACAUGACGAAGACCACGGAGCAGAAGAUCAGGGCUUUCGAUGGGGACGACUUCACCUGCGUGACUUUCCAGCCCGAUCUAGCCAAGUUCAAGAUGGAGAAGCUGGACAAGGACACUGUGGCCCUGAUGACCCGCAGAGCGUAUGACGUAGCUGGCUCCGUCAAGGGGGUGAAGGUCACCCUGAACGGGAAGAAAUUACCUGUCCACGGCUUCCGGAGUUACGUGGACCUGUACGUGAAAGACAAAGUGGAUGAGACGGGCGUGCCUCUGAAGGUGGUGAACGAAACGGUGAACGAUCGGUGGGAGGUGUGCCUCACCAUGAGCGAGAAGGGCUUCCAGCAGAUCAGCUUUGUCAACAGCAUCGCCACCACAAAGGGGGGCAGACACAUCGACUAUGUGGUGGACCAGAUUGUGUCCAAACUCAUUGAAGUAGUGAAGAAGAAGAACAAAGCAGGAGUGGUGGUGAAACCCUUCCAGGUGAAGAACCACAUUUGGGUUUUUGUCAACGCACUGAUCGAGAAUCCAACCUUUGACUCCCAGACCAAGGAGAACAUGACUCUACAAACCAAAAGCUUUGGUUCCAAGUGUGUCAUGUCGGAGAAGUUCAUCAGAGCUGCCACCAACUGUGGGAUUGUGGAGAGCAUCCUGAACUGGGUGAAGUUCAAAGCUCAGACUCAGCUGAACAAAAAGUGCUCGUCUGUGAAGCACAGCAAGAUCAAAGGCAUCCCGAAGCUGGACGACGCCAACGACGCCGGGGGUAAACACUCGUCCGAGUGCACACUCAUCCUCACCGAGGGAGACUCGGCCAAGUCCCUGGCCGUCUCCGGUCUGGGAGUCAUCGGUCGGGAUCGUUACGGAGUUUUCCCGCUCAGAGGGAAGAUCCUGAACGUCCGGGAGGCAACACACAAGCAGAUCAUGGAGAACGCAGAGAUCAACAACAUCAUCAAGAUCGUGGGUCUGCAGUACAAGAAGAGCUACGACGACCCCGAGUCUCUGAGGAGCCUACGAUACGGAAAGAUCAUGAUCAUGACGGAUCAGGAUCAGGACGGCUCCCAUAUAAAGGGUCUCCUCAUCAAUUUCUUCCAUCACAACUGGCCCUCACUGUUGAAACACACCUUCCUGGAGCAGUUCAUCACUCCCAUCGUUAAAGCGACUAAGAACAAACAGGAGCUCUCCUUCUACAGUCUUCCUGAGUUUGAGGAGUGGAAGAAGCAGACGGAAAGCUAUAAAACCUGGCACAUCAAGUACUACAAAGGUUUGGGUACAAGCACCAGCAAAGAGGCCAAGGAGUACUUUGCUGACAUGGAGAGACACCGGAUCACAUUCAGAUACCAGGGGGCCGAGGACGACGCCGCCAUCACGCUGGCCUUUAGCAAAAAGAAGACUGACGACAGGAAGGAGUGGCUGACGAACUUCAUGGAGGACCGACGGCAGAGGAGGAUGCACGGCCUGCCGGAGAAAUACCUGUAUGGAACGCAGACCAAGCACCUGUCCUACAACGACUUCAUCAAUAAGGAGCUCAUUCUCUUCUCCAACUCUGACAACGAGAGGUCCAUUCCUUCUCUGGUGGACGGUUUAAAGCCGGGCCAGAGGAAGGUGUUGUUCACCUGCUUGAAGAGGAACGAUAAGAGGGAGGUGAAGGUGGCCCAGCUGGCUGGUUCUGUGGCAGAGAUGUCUGCUUACCAUCAUGGAGAGCAAGCUCUCAUGAUGACCAUCGUGAACUUGGCGCAGAACUUCGUGGGCAGCAACAACAUCAACAUCCUGCAGCCUCUGGGUCAGUUUGGUACUCGCAUCAACGGGGGCAAAGACGCCGCCAGUCCUCGUUACAUCUUCACCAUGCUCAGCCCCCUCGCCAAGCUGCUGUUCCCGGCUGUGGACUCCAACCUGCUCAAGUUCCUGUACGACGACAACCAGAAGGUGGAGCCUGAGUGGUACAUUCCCAUCAUCCCCAUGGUGCUGGUGAACGGCGCAGAGGGCAUCGGGACGGGGUGGGCCUGCAAAAUCCCAAACUACGACCCCCGAGAGAUCGUUAAUAACAUCAACAGGAUGCUCAACCACCAGGACCCCCUCCCGAUGCUUCCCAGUUACAAGAACUUCAAAGGAGUGAUCCAUGAACUUGGCCAGAACCAGUUCCUGGUCAGUGGGGAAGUGUCGGUUCUGGACAAAAACACAGUCGAGAUCACAGAACUUCCUGUGCGGACGUGGACGCAGGCCUACAAGGAGUCCGUCCUGGAGCCUAUGCUGCAAGGAACCGACAAGACCCCCGCCCUGAUCAGCGACUACAAGGAGUACCACACGGACUCCACCGUCAAGUUCGUGGUGCGCAUGUCAGAGGAGAAGCUGGCUCAGGCGGAGGCCGUCGGGCUCCACAAAGUCUUCAAGCUGCAGUCCAGCCUCACCUGCAACUCCAUGGUGCUGUUCGACCACAUGGGCUGCUUAAAGAGGUACGACUCGGUCCAGGACAUCCUGAAGGAGUUCUUUGAGCUGCGCCUGCACUACUGCAAGCUCAGGAAGGACUGGUUACAGGGCAGCCUAGGGGCCGAGGCGGCCAAACUGUCCAACCAGGCUCGCUUUGUGCUCGAGAAGAUCGAAGGAAAGAUUUCAAUCGAGAACAAAUCCAAGCGAGAACUCAUCCGCAUGCUGGUGCAGAAAGGCUACGAGUCGGAUCCUGUUGCCGCCUGGUCAAAGGCUCAGGAAAAGUCUCAGGAGGAAGCAGAGACUGACGGGAACCUGAGCGACAGCUCGAUGGACUCGGGCUCUUCGUCUGGACCGAACUUCAAUUAUAUCCUCAACAUGCCUCUGUGGUGCCUGACCAAGGAGAAGGUGGAGGAGCUGCUGAAGCAGAGGGAUUUGAAGAGAGGUGAGCUGGCUGAUCUGCAGAAGAAGUCUCCUGAGGAUCUGUGGAAGGAAGAUUUGGCGAUCUUCAUUGAGGAGCUGGAUAACGUAGAAGCCCAGGAGAGAGAGGAGCAGAGUGCAGGCCGGGCCAUCAAGCUGGUGAAGGGAAAAGUCGGCAAACCUAAAGCCAAGAAGAUGAACCUGGAGGAGACCAUGCCUUCACCGUUUGGACGGCGGGUGGACCCUCCCUCUCAGCCGGUCAAAUCCGAUGCAGCCAAGAAACUGUCCAAAAAGAAGAAGCCUGAACUGGACCAAGUGAAGCUGGAGUUUGAUGAUGACGAGGGAGGAGCCGCCGCCGCCGCCGAGAACUCUGUGAGCAAACCCAAAACUCCUCGAGUCAAGAAGGAGAAGAAGGAGCCAGGAGCGCCCAGAGUGAGGAAGCAGCCCACACCCAAAGGUACUCCUGCAAAGAAGGUGAAGAAGAGAAACCCCUGGUCUGAUGACGAGUCCAAGUCCGAGAGCGACCUGGAGGAGAACGAGCCCAUCAUUCCCAGAGAGACCAAGUCUCAGAGAGCGUCAGCUUCCAAACCAAAAUACACAUUUGACUUCUCUGAGGAAGAGGAUGAGGAGGACGAGGCGGCAGACGAAGAGGAGAAGGGAGGCGACGAUGCAGCCUCGUCUCCAGUGAGGUCACUGAAAGAUGACUUUGGAUUCUCUGAGAACAAGAGUCGCUUCAACGACGAUGACGACGAGGAAGAGGAGCUGGAAGUCUCCUUCAAUCCACCCAAGCCGAAGAAACCGGUGCCAGCUAAAAAGGAGACGACCAGCAGCUUCUCGUCCAAGACGGCCUUCUCCGAGAAGAGCAACGACAGCGACGGCUCCAAGUCCGACAGCGACGACGACAACGGUCCAGUCUUCAACACCUACUCCAGCAGCUCCGCCUUUGACAAACUGUCCCAGUCAAAGAAAGGGACCAAGAAACCCUCCAACCCAACUCCCAAACCCAAGAAAACACCAGCAGCAAAAGCAAAGAAACCGGAUAAAUCCAUCUGGGACUCUGAUUCCGACACCGGCUCCAAGAAGUCGUCAGCAACCCCCAAAGGUAAAGGACGGGGAAGGAAGAGGAAGGGAUCUGGAUCUGAAGAUGAGUACAGUCCAGUGAAGAAGACUUCAAAACCUCCGGGCAGAAAACCUCCGUCUGACGACGACGAAGACAACAGCAACGGCCUGAGCGCCGUCAGCAGGCUCACCCAGGAGCAGCCGGGCCGCGCUAGGAAGGAAAUAAAGUACUUCAACAUUAUGGACGACGACGACGACGAGAUGUUCGAUUAAGAGCCGGUUCCUCACAGACUUUUGUACAUUUCCCGUACCAUGUGUUUUCAUUAACGGUGGCGUUCAAUGAUUUUUAUGUGUAGGUGUUUUACACUUUUUAUUAAACAUAAACAGGUUUGUUUUCUACGCUCAUUGAGAUGUUCUGUAUUUGUCUGAAGCAGCUUUUAGCCGUUUAGAGCGCCGUUCUGUAGCACAUUUUAACUCUUCAGAUUCUAUGUAACUUUUUGAACAUGAAAGUAAACGAUGAAUUGUCUUCAA